CCUCUCAGGAUGGUUUACCUGGUCUCCCUCUCCAGCGGAGAGCUGCUGCUGAGAAAAUUCUUCCCCUCCCAGCUUAGGGCGCCGUCGGACGUCGCAGGGACCAUGGCCACCGACCGGAGCUCUUGGAACAGCCUGACGACGCUGCAGAAGGUCGCGCUGGUCCUCGGCAUCCCCGCCAGCGGCGCCAUUCUUUACAUCCUGUACCGCCGCUACCGGGAGAGCCAAGAAGAGCGGCUGACCUUUGUGGGCGAGGAGGAGUUCGAAGUGGAUAUGAAGGUCCCGAAGGAAGCCGUGAAGUGUCUCAUUGGGCAUCAUGGAGCCAACAUCAAACAGCUGAGGAGGGACACCCACGCUCGCAUUGACGUCGACGGGGAGGAAUCCGGGGCGGAGCGGACGAUCCACAUCUGCGGCUCCCCUGUCCAGGUCUGCAAGGCCAAACUCGCCAUCCACCAAAUCCUGGCUGAGAGCUUGCCGGUGAAGGAGGAGAUCCACGUGCCCCAGCGUGCUGUCGGGCGCAUCAUCGGCCGGGGUGGGGAGACGGUGCGGGCCAUCUGCCGGAGCUCCGGGGCCAAGGUGGAUUGCGACCGGGAGGGGGCUAGCGCCCUCUCGCUCACCCGCCUCAUCACGCUCUCCGGGACUCGCAAGGAGGUGCAAGCUGCUAAGCAACUGAUCAUGGAGAAGCUUUCUGAGGACGACGCGUUCCGCAACAAGCUCUCUCAGUCGGCGCAGGUCCGCACCCUGCGCAAACAGCCUCUGGGCUUGUGGAAGGAGGAAGCCGCUGGCGACCAGGGAGGGCCGCCACACUUCCGCGGAGGGCCGCCCUGUCAGCUGUCAAGUCCUGGACGGGAGGGAGGGAAGAUCCUGGGACAUUCCUCCGAUGAGCCGCGAGAGCUGAGGAGUGAGGACGCGUCUCCCGAGGAGCCUUGCCCGAGCACUGCAUUUGAAGUCCCCAGCCCCGACUUCAGCUUCCACGCCAACGAGCACUUGGAGGUCUACGUCUCGGCGGCUGAGAACCCCAACCACUUCUGGGUCCAGAUCAUCGGGUCGCGGGCCCUCCAGCUUGACAAGCUUUCCGUCGAAAUGACCCAGUACUACCAGGGCAGCAGCUGCUCGACUGAAUUCCCGACCGUGCGCAUCGGGGAUAUCGUGGCUGCCCGGUACCCUGACGACAGCUCCUGGUACAGAGCCAGAGUCCUUGGUACUUUGGACGACGGAAACUUUGACCUCUACUACGUGGAUUUCGGAGACAACGGAGAGGCUCCUUUGGAGAAGCUGCGACCGUUACGGAGCGACUUCCUAAGCCUUCCCUUCCAGGCGAUCGAGUGCGGCCUUGCCGGCAUCGCUCCAGCUGGGGGUCAGUGGGAGGAAGCAGCCUUGGACGAAUUUGACCGCCUCACCCACUGCGCCAAGUGGAAGCCAGUGGUGGCCAAGAUCUCCAGCUACGUGCCUUCGGGGAGUAACACCUGGCCGCACGUCCGAUUGUACAACACCACCGGGGGACAGAACAUCGAUGUUGGCGAAGAGCUGGUGCAGCUAGGCUACGCGGUGCAGUGCCUGCCGGACGAUGCCGGCGCUACGGGAGACGGGCCCCAUCAGUUGGACAAAGGGGCAGCGCCCAGCGCCCCCCACAAAACCCUGGAUGACGCGACGGGGACUUCCUUAGAGAGCCUUCUCUCGGACACUCAGAAGACCCCCGAUGAGAUGCCGCUCACCCUGUCCUGCAUCAGCCUUUCAGAAGUGGCCUCUCUGUCGGAGUGCGGCGGCGACAUCUUCCAGUUUGAAGACGGUUCCUUGACUCCUUGAGCUCCGGACCUCGGGAAUUGCGGCCAUCUGUUUGGAACUGCGUGAGCUGCUACAGGAGAAACAGCAGCGAUUCUUCUGCUUUGCUCACUGCGCCACGACGCAAGAGAGCAUCUCGGCUUCUCGACUGGCAACGGUUCCCCCCCCCCCCCAUGCCUGCUACUCUUGAGGUGACACGAAUCUCAGCAGCGGCCUGAGCUGGCAAACGGGCACCACUUGGACAGGCUCGUUGGGCUGCGCGGUUGCGGCUUGGCACCUGCACGGGCGGCCGGGUUUUUUAAAAGUUUCGUUUUGGGUUACCGAAAGCGUUGGGGCAGCGUCGAGCUUUCUGCUGGGGAAGCUGCUAUGCAGAGAUGCCUAGCUGUGGGGGUUGACUCUUUUCUUCUCUCCCACCCAGCCCCGGCUAGUGCUAAAUGAGAUUGAAUGUCAGAAGCCUGGCUCCUCGGACCGUCAUUGUUUUUGUGCCACAUGGCUGAGAAGUUAAAAGGUGGCAAUCAGCAGAGAAAAACGUGACAGUUCUCAAGUUUGCUUGUCUUGCGAGUUUUCUCCGGGAUGGGGAGAGGUGGGUUGAGAGUUGGGUGGCUUGGAACUGGGAUACGCUUCUAGCCGCCUGGAUAGAUUCAUACGUUAAGAGCUGAACUCCAACGUGCAGCGGGAUCACAUGUACGGUUUUUUUCUGAACGACUUCAGGUCACAAGUUGGGGAAUUGCACGACUCUCCUCCUCUUGCGUAGAGGAAACUUGCUCGUUCUGGGGAGAUUAAUUCUAGCCUAGCUGGUGUUCUUGAUGGGUUAGUGCUGUAGGUGCAGGGUGUUUUAAUUAUGAGGUGUGUUGAUAAGAGCAGUCCACACACACAUACACACCUGCAAACGUGAAUAGUACAGUCUAUCCGAGCGACAUCAUGUGAUUCUAUUGCAUGUGUGGAUCGACUGCCUAGAAAAAUAUACCCUUGCUAGGCGAGAGACUUAGUGAGAAUUGUCCUGGGACAAGACUGGCGACCGUGUUUGGCGCUACCCAUGAGUGGCGGUUGCAGAUAUUGUGACUGGUGGACAAAGAGGGGUGCGGAGUGUGUGGUCUCAUAUGUUGGACACGCACACCCCUUGGUUGGCUCGAAACCCUGUCCGUGCUCCCCAGUGAUGUCUCAGCAUUGGGGCUGGCCUUUAUUACAAGCCGGCGUAGGAGGUGGUGUGAAGGAGCCAGCCCCAAAAGGUGCAUUGGGGGGGGGGGGCUUUGCUGUUCCAAGUUUGGACUUCACAGAGUUACCCUCCUCCCGUUAGCUUUGGGGACAAGGCGGCUGUGUGUGUGUGUUAUAGGUGGAGUUGGUGUUGGAACUGCCAUUAUGUACAUUUUACACUGUUCCUUCUUUUUUUUCUCAAAUAAAGGCUUGUGCGUGUUUGAA